AUGUCGACCCCCUUCAGCAAGCUUCCCUCCGCCGCGAGGAUCUCCCCCGUUCCCUUCAACGUGUCCAUCCCCGCUGAUCAGCUGGCCGACCUGAAGUCUCUCGUUCAGCUGUCCCGCAUCGCUCCUCCCACCUACGAGAACUCGCAGCCAGAUGGCCGCUUUGGUAUCACAUCCGAAUGGCUAUCGUCCAUGCGAGAGAAAUGGGUGACGGAGUUUGACUGGCCAUCAUUCGAAGCUCGGAUGAGCCAGUUCCCUCAAUUCACCGCCGACAUUGAGGGCAUCAAUGUGCAUUUUGCCGCGCUAUUCUCUGAACGAGAGGAUGCUGUACCCGUGACAUUGCUUCAUGGGUGGCCAGGCAGCUUCGUUGAAUUCCUCCCCAUUCUCCAGCUCUUUCGCGAAGAAUUCUCCCCGGAAACUCUCCCCUAUCACCUCAUCGUGCCCUCCCUUCCCGGGUACACCUUCUCAUCUGGUCCUCCGCUGGAUAGGAAUUUCGGCCUAACCGACAUGGCCCGCGUCGUGGAUCAGCUGAUGAAGGACCUCGGAUUUGGUAGUGGCUAUGUGGUGCAAGGAGGAGACAUUGGCGCCUUUGUCGGACGGGUCCUAGGUGUGGGAUUCGAGGCCUGCAAAGUAAACAUGUGCCCCAUGCCGUCUGUCCCCGAGGGCAUGUCGAUUGAGAACUUGACGGCUGUGGAGAAACGGGGAGUCGCGCGGAUGGAGAAGUUCGUGACCCGAGGCCUAGCGUAUGCCAUGGAGCACGGGACUCGACCCAGUACGAUUGGCCAUGUGUUGGCCAGUAACCCGAUUGCCUUGCUUGCCUGGGUUGGGGAGAAAUAUCGCGAUUGGGUUGACAAGCCUCUACCGUCUGCGACUAUCCUCGAGAUGGUCUCACUCUACUGGCUUACUGAGAGCUUUCCACGGGCAAUUUACCCGUAUCGUGAGACCACUCCCCUCCCCCCGAAUACGACCGAGGCGCUUGGAAAGGAGUUAUAUAUUCACAAGCCGUUUGGGUACUCGUACUUCCCGAUGGAGAUUGUCCCAGUUCCCCAGAGCUGGGUUGCUACAACGGGUGACCUGGUGUUCUUCCGGGAGCAUGACGAGGGAGGACACUUUGCCGCGCUGGAGCACCCCCGCGAGCUCAAGGCAGACCUGGUGGCAUUUAUUGAACAGGUGUGGCAGAAAUAG